AUGGGCCUGGAGGAGGCUCCUGUUCCUGAGGCAGGAGCAAGGCUGCAGCUCCCGGCUCCGGGCCCUGGGCCGCAGCAGCCCAGGGGAGGCCCAGCUGCAGAGCUCACAGCCCCUGCUGGGUUUCGCCUGGGCACUCUGCAGCACGAAUCCCCAUCCCGGAAGGAGCUGAGGAGGGAGACCAGGCAGGACAAAUCCUCGCAGCAGAACCUCGUGGAAGAGGGCGUUUUGAGUGGCUCCACGGCACAAGAAUCCAACGGGGAGGAAAAGCCUCAGAGAUCCCUCACGAGGAGGGGCUGCAAACGCAGAUCACGGGGAUCCAAGGAGGAAAGACCCACCCUGGGCCGGGGAGGCAGCCAGAGCUCGGCGCUGAGGGUCCAUGAGCAGCUUCAGGAUGGGGAGAAGCCCCACAAGUGCUCGGAAUGUGGGAAGAGCUUCAGGUGGAGAUCCAACCUGGUGGAGCACUGCAGAAUCCACACAGGGGUGAGGCCCUAUGAGUGUGGGGAGUGUGGCAAGAGCUUCAGCCAGAGCUCUCACCUAAGUGUCCACCAGAGGAUGCACACUGGGGAGAGGCCCUAUGAGUGUGAUAAAUGCAAGAAGAGGUUUCAGACCAAGUCCUGUCUCCUAAGUCACCAGCGCAUUCACACAGAGGAGAGGCCCUUCCACUGCCCCGACUGUGGGAAGGGCUUUAGGGAGAAAUCCACCCUCGUAAAGCACCGGCGCAUCCACACCGGGGAGAGGCCCUACGAGUGUGAUCAGUGCAGGAAGAGGUUUCACACCAGCUCCUGCCUCCUGCUCCACCAGCGCAUUCACACAGACGAGAGGCCCUUCCACUGCCCCGACUGCAGGAAGGGCUUCAAGGACAACUCCGACCUCAUCAGGCACCGGCGCAUCCACACCGGGGAGAGGCCCUACGAGUGUGGGCAGUGUGGGAAGAGGUUCAGAGUGAGAUUCAGCCUGAUUCUCCACCAGAGGAGCCACACAGGAGAACGGCCCUACGAGUGUGGGGAGUGUGGGAAGAGCUUUAGAGAGAGCUCUAGCCUGACCGUCUCCACUACCUGCUGUCCCCCGUCCAGGAUCCCCCUCAGCCCCAUUCUUUGGGACUAUCAAAGCCAACGUGAUCAGCCCUUGUUUUUCCCCCAAACCGAGGAGAGGCCCUUCUGCUGCCCCAUUUGUGCAAAGGGCUUCAAGCUCAAGUCUGUCCUCAUCACCCACCUGCACACCCACCGCGGGGAGAGGCCCUAUGAGUGUCCUGAGUGUGGGAAGAGCUUCACCCAGCACUCCACCCUGACUGCCCAUGUGAGAACCCACACGGGGGAACGGCCCUACGAGUGUGCAGAGUGUGGGAAGGGCUUCAGGACGAGCUCUGAACUGACCAUCCACCAGAGAACCCACACAGGGGAACGGCCCUAUGAGUGUGGGGCGUGUGGGCAUAGCUUCCCAAAGAGCUGCCACCUGACAUGCCACAUGAGAACCCACACAGGGGAACGGCCCUUUGAGUGUGCAGAGUGUGGGAAGAGGUCAAGGUCUGAACUGAUUGUCCACCAGAGGAUCCACACAGGGGAACGGCCCUUUGAGUGUGGGGAGUGUGGGAAGAGCUUCAUGUCCAAGUCCCACCUGGUCUACCACCAGAGGAGCCACACUGGGGAGAGGCCCUACGAGCCCUUCCGCUGCCCUGACUGCGGGAAGGGCUUCACUCACAACUGCAGUCUCACCAGCCACCGGCACACCCACACCAGGGAGAGGCCCUAUGAGUGUUCUGAGUGUGGGAAGAGCUUCUCACAGAAGUCUGUCUUGACCAGACACCAACGGAACUACCACUAAGAGAGGCCCUGUGAGUGCCCUGUGUGCAGGAAGAGCUUUGUGUGCUGCUCCAGCUCCAUCCCACACAGGAGGAUCCACCCUGGAUGAUCCCAGUGACCUCCGGUGAUCUGUGGUGCUGGUGAUCCCUGUUGGAAAGACACGUGGCUGGGAGCUCCACAUCCUUCUGGCUCCCCAUCAGCAUCAGCCAAACAUCAAAAAUCCAUUUUGGAGAGGGGAUUUGUUGACUUCUGAGCCCCAGAAAAAUCUCUCUGUUUGCAUCUUCUGGUGGCAUCAAGCAACAUCAAGCCUUGGAGAUCUUCUCUAUCAUAAAUGCAUCAUUUUAAUUCUCUCUGGCCCACAGGCAUCUUCCACAGCCUAAUGGGGAUGGAUUGGGGCAAAACCCCUGAUUUUGGAGACAGUUGGGUGGAAACCCCUCCAAAAAGGGUUCUUCCCACCCACCCAAGCAUGUGGAUCCUUUGCUGGCAGGGGCACGUAAAUCGUUUUAUUUUGGCCUUGAAACGAAAAAGUUUCUGUUCAUACUUUUGAAAGCCCUGAAACUGUGGUAAAAAUAAAGACAUUGAACUAUGGCAUAGAUGGGGACAUGUGAGAACAUGGGAAACAUGGAUGGGGACAUGAGCUAGGACAGCAUCAGUGCCACCACCUGUGCCACCACCACCUUCAUCUUUGCCAUGGCCAAGUGCUGCGUGGUGCAGUUCCUGCCACCACGUCCCCACUGUUACCACUGCAGUGUCCCAGCCGAAUGUCACCACCCAUCAGGGCAGGACGGGGACCUUGUUCAGCUGGUGACAAGUGGCCCAGAAGCAAGUGACAGCCACCAGGGUGUCCCAGGGCCACUGCACUAAGGGGAACCCAACCACCCCUGGCGACAGGCUGGUGACCGGGCAAGGGUCAGUGUCUCCCACAGAUUUGGAUAUUGGCAGCCUGGUCAGAGAGAAAGUCAGAUAAUCUUUCCCAGGCAUUGUGCUGGGGAGCUUUGAGAACACUCAAAGAACUACAAACAAUUUCUAAUCUUUGCAGCUGGUGUCUUUGUUACUUGUAAGAUGUUUACAAGAAGGGUGGUUUGUAAUUAGCCAAUGGUGUGAGGGGUGUUGAUUAAUGACCAGUUAGUUUAAAUUCUAUCGUAACUGUCUAUAAAGGGAAUGUGGUUUUCUAAUAAACUUUGCA